AUGUACGGUAGCGAUCCCAAGUCGACCCCGGGCCGGCUCUUUGCCGUGCCCAUGCCGAAGCGCUUCAUCCUAGCCAUCCUGGCCGCCAUCGGCUUCGUCUGGGUCCUGCUGCAGAGCCAUCGCAUCCAGCCGGUCAGGGACAGAGCCCAGGCCCUCUAUAGAAAUAACAUUCUCGACAAUAUCAACAAUAGCACGUUAGGGUUUGAGAAAAUCUACGUCAUGGGCCUCGCUUCCCGUACCGACCGACGUGACGGCAUGGCCCUCCAGGCCGCCCUGAGCGACCUCACCAUCGAGUUCAUCGACGGCCCUCUGGGCGAAAACAUCUCAGAAAAGGCCGUUCCCGUCGGCGAGGACGGCAAGCAUCUGACUGGCGGCGAGCUCGGCUGCUGGCGCGGCCACAUCAACGCCCUCCAAGAAAUUGUCCGUCUCAACAUCUCCUCGGCCCUCAUCCUCGAGGAUGACUCGGACUGGGACGUCCGCAUCCGCUCCAUCAUGCAGGAUCUCGCCAUCUCGACCCAGGCCCUGACCCAGCCCCUCGCCGGCAGCACCAGCACUUACGCCGACUCGACCUACCCGACCAACGAGGACCUGCAGAACGCCACCGUUGGCGAGUUCGACAUCAACGCCCUGCCGCGCACCGUCACGCCCAAGAUCUCGCCCUACGGCGACGAGUGGGAGAUGAUGUGGCUCGGCCACUGCGGCAUGCGCUUUCCCAACGCCAAAGAGGGCCUGCCCAUGGGUCGCGUCAUCCACCGUGACGACGUCACCGUGCCCCCCGGCGGCCUCUGGUCCCUCGCGCCGCACCCUUACGAGCUUGUCGACGACUACCCGAAGCGCACCCGCGCCGUCCACCACGUCUCCACGGGCGUCUGCUCGCUCGGCUACGCCGUGACGCAAAAGGGCGCCCGCGGCCUGCUGCGCGAGAUCGGCCUGCGCGAGGUCGCCGACCCCCUCGACAUACUGCUGCGCUUCUACUGCAUGGGCCAGAAGGGCCGUCGCAAGCACAACUGCCUCACCAUCCAGCCGCCCGUCUUCAACCACCAUCGUCCGGCCGGCCUCAAGUCGGCCAACAGCAACAUCGGAGACCACGGCAACGAGUACCAGGCCGAACCCCACACCGACAUGAUCCAGUGGAGCGUGCGCUUGAACGCCGACGCCAUCAUGGACGGCCAGACGGAGUUUACCGACGCUUUCAAAUAA